AUGAUGACGUGUUCAAUACUUAUUUUACCCGCUGUACUUGAUCAGACCUGACCUGAGAAAUGACUCAUGAGUGGCAUGUACCAUACCCAGGACAGGCAGGUAAAGAAAAAAAGGGUAUUUCCACAAAUAGCGUUCACCAAACAAGAUAUCUCAUCUGUAAUCAUAAAGGUUUACAUGUUCACAUGAGAAUGAUGAGAUGUUCAGACUUUCCAAACAAUGUCAUCAUGUGAGUCCACCCACGUGAACAGUCAUUACAGUGUGAAUCCAGUCGUGGUAAAAUGAUACCACAUUUAAAACAGAGAGAGACAAACGAAUAUCCUCAGUGUAGUGUCAUGACACCUUUAUUUCCUUUAGGUUUCGACAGGUAAUAAAACUAACCUGCAGCCCUGUUUUUAAAGACUGAGUGGCAACCAACAUGAAACAGAAAAAAACAUCAAGAUGAAUCUUUGGUUAGUGGUGAGAUGCUUACAUGAGACCAUUACUUUUUUUUGUUUGUUWGUUUCACGUCUUUUGCCUUCAGURACAAAUCCUCUGCAGCCUUUCAAAAUCAAAUCAAAUCUCUUUGUGACAUGUCAUGAGCUGAUGGGUGUGAAAUAGACAAGUGAGGACAUCGCCAAGCAAGAGGACGCCAGAAACAGCCAACAUUCAGCUGCAUCUUCUGAGAUCCCSCAGACACCAUGCCGCGCUCGUUCCUCGUCAGGUCCAAAAGGGUCCAUCCACUCAGCCCACUGAAGGACUGCUUCAGACAGCAGUCCCAAACAGAGGAUGAGAAGACGGGGCAGGAYGGUAGAAACUCUGAAGACGCUGUGCAGCCUUUGUCCCCGACGCUGACGGUCAGAGACCUUCUGCCUGAACCGUGCUCACCGACGGAUGGGAUGUCCAGUUGUUCUCACAGAGCUCCUGCAGAGAAGAUCUGGCCUUCAGCCACGGUGGAGAAAGAAGAGUCUCGUCAGCUGGUUUCACCUUGGUCAUCAGACGGCCAUCGGUCAGAUCGAGAGAGGGAACUGGAGAGGCUCGUCUUGGUGUUGCUCARCCACACCUCACAUACGGACCUCACAUCACCCAUCAGAGAGUGUCCACUCUGUGAAAAGUCAGUUACAGAAGCCCUGAUGUCAGGAGGUCAUCCUCAGGAUCAGAUUUACAACCCCCUCUCUGCCCCUUUGAUGAGGUCACUCUCAGCUGCAGACAUGAACCUCGUGUCUUUUGGCUUCAGAGCAGUUGGUGGCUACAGCAGAGCAAAGGAGCGAAGCUUUGGUUGCAAGGUGUGUGGAAAAGUGUUCAAGCGCUCAUCCACCCUGUCCACUCACCUCCUCAUCCACUCGGACACACGGCCCUACCCCUGUCAGUACUGCGGCAAAAGGUUUCACCAGAAGUCUGACAUGAAGAAACACACCUUCAUUCACACAGGUGAGAAGCCACACGUCUGCAAGGUGUGCGGUAAAGGAUUCAGCCAAAGCUCCAACCUCAUCACCCACAGCCGWAAGCACAGCAGCUACCGUCCGUUCAGCUGCGCCCGCUGUCAGCACAGCUUCCAGCRCAGGGUGGACCUACAGCACCACCAAGAGACGCAGUGUGGCUAUAGAGAUGUUUAUGCUCAGAGCUGAGCCCAGGGAGACAGAAAGACAUGUUGAGAACCAAGGAGAGGCAUGUGUACAUACAUCAC